AGGCGAGCAGGGGGCCGGGAAGGUGAGCAGGUGGCUGGGAAGCGCUGCUGAAGCCGAAUCGGUAGCGUAGGAGCAAAACUCAGCGGCGGCCUCACCCCCGCAGCCGCUCCCUCAGCUCCUCCCUCAGCCACAGCUGCGGCCUCGCGCUCCUCACCAAAGGGCGGGAAGGGGCGUGAGGGGCCGCCCCCGGCUCUGGCGGGCUGAGGCGGGCGGGCUGCUCGGUGGCUAUCGCCUCAGGGCGGCCGGCACCUCCCCGGCGCCUCCAGCUUCGAGUGCCCUCCGGGGUGCUCCGCCUGCCCGCGGGGUGUGAGCGCUGGGGAACCCUCCACAGCAGGACCAGGGCAGCAGGUGCAGGUCGGUCGGAAAUGGCGAGCAGCAAUGGCUGCUUUGAGGGUGCGGCGAUGUUCGCCUUCGACCCCGCACAUGAGAAGAUUUUGCUCCCCGAGGUUCUCAGACAACCAUUUUCAAAGGAUCUCUCCGAGGCUGUGACUGCAAGGCUGAAUCUUCCACCUUUUAUGACGUGCAGUGAACCAGGGGUGGUGAAAAAUCCAGCUGACACCACCACAUUUUCAGCCUUUCCCUCACAGGGAGACCUGGAUUUGAUUGCAAGAUACAAACAGGGAGUAAUAAACUCAGUAUCUGCCUUGCACCUAUUUGCCAAAACACACCAGCUGCAGCUUGAACUGAAAGAAACAAGCGUGGCAGGCGAUGUCAUAAGGCCUUAUUUUGCCUUUUGUGCUGUGAUAAAUGGUGUUUGCUACAAGACUGGGCUGGGAAAGACCAAGAAGGAAUCUAAAUUGAAUGCAGCUAAACUGGCCCUUGCUGAGCUGCUGAACCUGGAGAACACAGGGGCAAAAUCUUUUGAAGAUUCAGCUUUUCCCUGUGUUCCUGCUGAGCUCCGACCUCCAGGAAACUCUGCUGGUAUUUCAAGGACUGGAGGAGAACAUAUCUAUCAAAAACUCUCACAAAUGCUUGAGGAAGUGUUUAACCGCCUGACUACCCAACACCCCGAGUACCAAAGCUGUGGCAGCUCCCUGGCUGCCUUCAUCAUUGAAAAGGGUGGGCAGCAGGAAGUGGUGGCUCUGGGGACAGGAGAAUGCAACUACAGCCGGCGCUCGGAGUCCUGUGGGAGGCUCUUGCAUGACAGCCAUGCCAUUGUCACUGCCAGGCGUUCCCUGCUCAGAUAUUUGUACAGGCAUCUUUUGCUGUUCUAUAACAAAAAUCCAGCCAAGGCAGAGAGAUCCAUAUUCUGCACAGCCCCAGGCUCAAAGCUGCUUACCUUAAAGCAAAAUAUAACUCUCUCUCUCUACAUGAACCAGCUUCCAAAAGGAACUGCUCAGUUAAAAUCAGAGGUGCAUCUCGGUCCCCAGUCUAUAUCUGCUUACGAAGCCAGUGAAGAACUGAGUCUGCACGUUGCUCUAGAAGGCAGGAUUUACCUGGCUGUUUGCUGUCCCCCCAAAACUGUCAGAGUGAGCAGCAUGUCAGCUGGUGACAAACUGACCAAGUGGGAGGUGGUUGGUCUUCAGGGAGCCUUGCUGAGCCACUUCAUCGAACCUGUGUACAUCAGCAACAUUCUCGUGGGAAACGGCAGUUGUAAGGAUACAAAAGGACUGGACAUAACCAUAAAGCAGCGUCUGGAUGAUGAACUUAUUUCAAAGCUUCCCGUGCAUUACCUGGUCAAUAGAUCUCAUAUUUACUUGGUGAAAGCUGCAUUGCCAAUCCAAACAGAUUCGAACCAGUGGUCGCUUAGUUUGAAUUGGACCUUGUCAGAUGCGUCUCUGGAGGUUGUGGAUGGAUUAAGUGGGAAAACCACUGAAAGCUCCCCGUUCCGCAGCGGCACCUGCCUGGCCAGCCGCCUGUGCAAGGCUGCCAUGUUCAGCCGCUUCAGGAUGCUCGCCAGGGAAGUAGGACGGGCUGACCUGCUCCAGUUUGCAACAUACCACGAGGCAAAGGUUCAAUCUCAGUUGUACCAAGAAGCUAAAAGCUUGCUGCAGAGCUACUUAGAACAACACAGUUAUGGAUCAUGGAUUGUGAAGUCUCCACAUAUUGAACAGUUCAGUGAUUGAUGGAGGUGGAUUAAAUGUCAAGUCAAUUUGAAUGAUCUGUUUCAGUAAAUAGAGUUCUGAGUAGUAAAAUGUUCAACUUCAAGUUUGUAGUUACAGGAAGAAAACAAUUCCAGAACUGCUUCUUGUCAGUUUAAAUGCAGUUAUUAAACCACCUGUAAUAGUUCAGUCUUUUCCCAAAAAUUGAUGUUUCCUCAUAGGUGGGAGUAUCCAACAGCUUUGUUCUCCUUUGUCCCCCAGUGCCACCUCGUUUCAGCUCACUGACCCUGACUCCUACAAAUCCCCACUCUGUGAAAUUAACAUGUUUUUUCCCCUGAUAGUUUCAGGAUUUCUGUAUA